CACUGAAUAAUUUCGUGCUCAUGUUUGUAGAGAAGCUUCAAGAAGGGCAAUUUUAGGAGAAAAAAACAAAAAAAUAUAUUUUUACACAUUUCAGUAUUAUUACUCAGAAAUGCAGAAAUGACAAGGGUUCUAUUAUUUUGUUCAGCAGGGCUACCAACAUAAUGUAAAGAAUAUGCUGUGAAGUUACAGCUGACAGAUGCUGCACGCAUCUCAUCAUACAAUGAAACCCUUAUUCUUCAGCUUAAUCCUCCUGCUCAUGUCCCACAAAUGUCUUGGUGAUCAUGUCCUCACAUAUUUAGCUGUCGCCGUCAGCAUUCUGCUCUUGGUUGGCAUGGUGACACAUACACAAAAUGGUUUGUCGGAUGGAUUUGGCUAUGGGGUGCUGGUCACGGGCUGUGACAGUGGAUUCGGGCAUCAUCUUGCCAAGAAACUGGACGGCAUGGGUUUCACUGUGUUUGCUGGAUGUUUAUGCCCUGAGGGUCCCGGAGCCCAGCGUCUGGUUGAUGAAGGUUCAGAACGUAUGAAGAUACUACAGCUGGAUGUGACCAAAGAGGAACAUGUAAAGUUGGCUAGGGACUUUGUCAAGUCAAAUUUGCCAGAGAAAGGUCUUUAUGCCGUUGUAAACAACGCAGGAGUCAGUGACUGGGGAGAAAUCGAAUGGAGCACAGCCCAAGACUUUCAGAGGAUGGUUGAUGUUAACUUAGUGGGUCCCAUCAGAGUCACCAUUGCGUUCUUGUCAAUGGUCAGGGCAACCAAAGGCCGUAUGUUGUUCGUGUCAAGUAUCUUUUCAUUUUUCAAUUGUCUGAAUAUGGGAGCAUACAGUGUGUCCAAGCGAGGACUGGAGGCAUUUGCCGACUGUUUAAGAGUAGAGAUGGCCAGCUUUGGAGUUAAGGUCAGUAUUAUUCAACCUGGAAAUUUUGGUGCUGCCACAAACAUUCUAAGCAAGAAAACCUCGCAGGACAUUUGGAACGAGUUUGAUGGUGCACGUAAACUUACCUUCAGCCAGAAAUACAUUGAAAAGGCCUGCGACUAUUUCCAGUCGACGUGCGUUUUAGGAUUUAAGGAUUCCACCAUGGUCAUCGAUGCCAUGUUACACGCUAUCACCUCUGCCAUACCUCGAACGCGAUACCUGCUUGUGUCAUCAAUGGAUUGGUGUUUUUUCUACUUCUUCCCUUAUCUGCCCACAUACGUCACAGAUGCUGUGUUUAAUCUGAGCUCCAUGUAUCACAAACGUGAAGUUAUGUUGUAUUCAUGAAUA